AUGGCGCUGGUGACUCGAUCUGCGAGAGUCUCUCAGGCAUCGCCUUUUGCGACGCUCCCGCUUGAGAUUUGGGACAAUGUAGCAGAGCUGCUACAUAACCAUGACCGCGUCUCCCUUGCGCAGGUUGGCAGCAAGUGGAUCGAAAUUGCUGAGCGCCAUAUAUGGCGCGACCUGCCCACCGUCGCCCUCUUGUUGCUUUGCUUGCCUCCCGAUUCCUGGUGCAUUAACCGCGUCUCCCAACCUGCUGCCACCGGCAAUAGAAAUGUCGAUAUUUCUUGUGUGCGUCUAAAGCGCAAAUCAGUCGAACAGGAUUUCAUAGGGAAAUUCGAGCGCCGUGCUACCUACGUGCGUACCAUUUCCGUACACCCACUGUCAGUCGGCAUGCACGAGCUCGGCGCCGACGAAAAUCAACCGUUCUUCCUCGACCGCGACACCCUCGACGAAUUCAUGACCGCGAUACGAGGUCAAAACCUCUUCAAGUGCCUACACACCAUCCACGUCGGGCAGCGGGUCGUCUUCCUCCACCCCGAGCGCAUGCUGCUGCCGCUGAUGACCGAAAGCCUCAAGACCGUGUCCAUUUCCUGCCCCGUACCCGGCCUCGACGAAGCCGCGCGCCUAUCGCACGCGCGGCCGUCUGGCCUCACCAUCGAGGGUAUCAACAGCCGGUCGCUGUGGAAAGGAUCGCCUAGGGGCGAUGGCGGACUGUGCUGUGGGAUCGUGGGUGCACUGGAGUUCUGGAUUCCCUCGCUGACGACGCUCGACCUCGCCUUGCGGGACGCUGAAAGCGUCAUGCCCAUCGUGGUCCAGGGCAAGGCACUCCGCUCGCUGUCUCUGCAUUCCGCCGAUGACCUAGAACCCGUCGAACAGCACUCGCUAUACUCUCUUCGCUCGCUGUCGACGAUCAGGCAGACAGCGGCGUUCUCCAUGUCUCUCCUGGGCUCCCGCGUCCUCGAGGAAGUCAACUUUUCGCGCGUCGUGCUGGACACCGCGGACGACGUCAGUGAAUUGCUCUCCGCGCUUGGCCGCUGCCCUACCCUGCGGCGCAUAUCCGUCGUUCGCCUAUCUGUCGUCCGCCAGAGGGCACCCGAGUCCCUCUUCAGCCUACUAGAAGAGCAAGCGCCGGUGUCCUGCUCUCUGCGCCCGGCAGAUCUGGCGCCCCUGCUCUCACUCAAGAACCUCGAAAAGCUCGUCAUAAACGCGACAGAUGACGUCCGGCUGGCCGAUAUGGACUACGAGGCGCUCGCCGGGGCCCUCCCCGCGCUGCGCACCUGCAGCAUCGGCGUGUGUCCUGGCUCGCGCUGGGUACUCCAGCCGGGCGAAGGGUGCACUCUAUACGCACUCGAGUCGUUUGCCGCGCACUGUCGGUCUCUGGAGGAGCUCUCGAUCCAGGUCGACGCGUUGUCGGGGGUGCAUCAUUCGCCCAAAAACUACGACGGGACUCCGUUUCGUGGCAACAAUUCUCUGCGGAAGCUCAAUGUUGGGCGAUCGAUGGUUUCGAAGGAGGAGAGAAUAGCUGUUUAUUUGCAUGCCGUGUUCCCCUCCCUUAGCUGCGUGGAGAGCGAGCCGUGCGAGGGGCGCUCGCUCUUGUCGUCGGACAGCCAUGUUCUGUGGAAGUGGAUUAGCCGCGAGCUGGCGUAUUGGAGUAGAAGCCUGCCCAAGCGCCGUUCGGCGUCUUCGUCCUGA